GACUUGAAAUGUCACAACUAAAACAAAAGGAACUAACAGAAUAUUCAAAAGAUGGAAAUGAUUAAUAAGAAAACAACACACAAUGCGGAAAAUAAUAAGAAAGCCUAUUCAGAUUCUAUUUUUAGUUAUAUUCUUCAUACUAGGCUGUAUAUUUACAUCCAGUAUUACGCCCAUGGAUAGAACAUGUAGAGUUCAAGAUACAGAUAGAGAAUAUAAUAUCAUGAAAAAUUCAAAAUUUAAGAAUCCAGACCUUAUCAUCCUGAUUUUAUCAGCCCCUGAAAAUUUGAAGAAGAGAAAUAUUGUCAGAGAUACAUGGCUGAAGUUGGCAUAUCAUGAAGGUAAUGAAAAUAACCAUUUCCAAUACAAACAUUACUUUGUUAUAGGUAAUCUGGGACAGUAUGCAAGACAACUUCAUGAAUUGAAAUUAGAACAAUCAAAGUUCAAAGAUAUUCUAAUUCUCCCCAUAGAUGAUUCAUACAAAAAAUUAACUGAAAAAGUGAAACAAAGUUUCCAGUGGUUAAGUGAACAAUCUGAAUAUGGCUUAGGCUUCAAAUAUGUUCUCAAAUGUGAUGAUGACAGCUUUGUGAACUUGGGAAAGCUCAUUUCUGAGUUGAUGCAUAUUGAUAGAAUACUGAUCAGUAAUGAUGGUUCUGUCCCAAAGAUUCAGGAUGGCCUACAAGAAUACAUAUCAUAUAACAUCCAAAUAAAUGAUCCAGCCAAUAUAUCUCAUUUGAAUUUAUAUUGGGGUUAUUUCUCUGGGAAUGCUAGAAUACAGACUAAGGGGAAAUGGAAAGAAAUCAACUGGAUUGCUUCUGACCAUUACUUACCAUAUGCUUUGGGUGGAGGAUAUGUGUUAUCAAAGAAUUUGGUUGUACUCAUUGGAAAAACUUGUGAACAUUUAAGGUCUUUCAAAUCGGAGGAUGUCAGUGUUGGAAUGUGGCUGGCUCCAAUAAAUAAUAUAGUUCGAGUACAUGAUAUCAGAUUCGAUACGGAAUGGAUAUCUCGAGGUUGCAAAAACACCAAUUUGAUAACCCAUAAUGUGUCUCCUGCAGAAAUGAACAAGUUGUUCAAAAAUUUGAUGACAUUUGGGAAAAUGUGUUCAACAGAAACUACGAGAAGAAAGCAUUAUAUUUACGACUGGAAUGUCCCCAAUAGUGAGUGCUGUAAAGUUAAUAAGGAAAAUGUUAUAAGGCUUCCAGGUCCCUGAUGGAAGAAAAGCCCAAUUUCCACUUUCAUUACGUAGGUAUAAAUGGUUUUCAGAAUAAGAUCCUCACCGAGAUUCUAACUUGAUAUUGAUACGAUUUAUAAAUAACAGAUACUUAACCAAGGAUUAUAAUUGCAAAAGAAAAACCGAGCAAGAAACCAAAAUAUGCGAAUAAUACAUUGUUUCGCCGACAUCUACAACAAAUCACAUUUCAAGUUCUAAUUUCCGAACGAAAACACGACUUUUUCCGAAGGCAAGUACAUUUCGUCCGCAUACACCAAAUUUUCGUCUGCUGCAAGGUUGCCAAUACUACUGAAUUUUCAGUAGAUUUCCUGAUUCGCAUAUUGAUCUACUGAUCAAUUUUGACACUCAUUUAUGAUUAUAAUUACCUAUAUUAUUAUUAACCUUUAGCUAAUCACAUACACUUAUAAAUUGCAUGAUAUUUCGGCACACUCUAUUUAAAUUAAUUUUACGAAAUAGGUGAUAAAUGUACAUAUAAUAGGUACUAAUGAUAUGUAUAAACCAAAAAAGGAAAAUACUUUAUCUGAUCCAGAUCAAAUUAAAAUUUUUAUAUACAUGUGUUAUAACAGUUUGUUUCUUAGGUUCAAAUUGUCAUUUGUUUUGUAUUUUUGUUGUUCAUGUUUACCAUUCGUUUCUGUUUUUUAUAUCCCCAAAUCUUAUACAUAUAAGUACCUAUGUAACUGUAUUUUGUGAUAUUUGUAUUAUUGAAUUGAGAAUUAGGAAUAUUAUUAUUUUUUAAGAGAAUGUUAGUUUUGAUUGUUCCUAUUUUCUUUGAAAUAGGUUACUUUUCUGUGUACUAAAAGUAAAUAAUGUUUUGCCGUCAUAUUUCAUUAUCCUUUCUUGGAAUUCGUAUAGCAUAAAAUAGAUCUUAAACAGAUAUAUUGGAAUCUACUGAAUUUUUGAUGAUGGAAUAAAAAUCGAGCUAGAAACCCGUUGUCAAAUUGAUUAUUCACGAAAUUCUAUAGAUUUCACUGUGAUGUGAACAUAAGUGUUUGAGGGCGACGAAAAAAUGUGACAUGUUCCUCGGCGAAAAACUGUCUAUUGUCUCGCCUGAUUAUUGCUAGCCUCGGCUAAGGCUUCGGCUAUCAAUUUGCAGAAUCGACUAUAAUAGACAGUGUUUUGUCCUCAGUACAUAAAUAAAUGUUGAACUAGUACAUACAAAAUUCAUAGAAUGAAUUUUCUUAAAUAUAAAAAAUGCUGGUGGUGUAAAACGAUUCUGUCAAAAUGAAUCAUUGAAUUAUGUAAAAUGAGGCUGUUAAAAUGAUACCUACUUCGGAUUAAAUCAAGCUAUCAAAUAAGAAGCCUGCUUUUCAUUGAUUUUG